GCCUCCACCGCUUCCAACAGCCGUGGUAAUCCAAAAGAAAGAUGAAGAUGAGAAGAAAAAACGCAGGUCGAGGAGAGUUCCUGACGAAUGCCGUCAUACACUGAAUCGCUCUUUCCCAUCAAAGAAGGUCAUGCUUGAACUCGAUGUGAAAAGGCCUGAUAUAAAGGAAAAGGAAGCAAAAGAAAAACUUGCGGUGGAAGUGCUGAAAAUUCCUCUCGGUGCACCUCCUCCUUAUGCCGAGUCUGGAAAAAGCGUGACUGGCGAUCGAAAAAUAGGAGCUGUACCCGCAUUCCAGCUAAAGUCCAGCGCAGCCACUGGAGUUGUAUUUGUGCAAUGCGUAUAUUACCCUUGUAAUGGUCUGAGUUUCAGCUACACAAGAAACGACGAGCAGUCGAAACCGUACCGCUGUGCUUCCCUCGCCAGCCUUUUCGCAGCCUUCUCCUCUCGAUCCGCGCGAGACGCCUAUUUUAAGCGGGACGCUACCACGCUCAAAGCCGGAGAUGGGCUUGACGUUAGGCCAGCCAUCACCUAA